CAUAACCUCAGAGUUUUAGAUGUUUAAGUGAUUUAUGUAGAUCUGUUUGUAUUUGUCUGUUUUAAAACUUUGUAUAGUAGCUAAUUAUUCAAAAAUGAUGGCCGGCAGACUGGGAAUAACGAACCCGGCUAUCCCCGACAACCCACUUAGUCUCUCAUGGCACGAUUCAGCUUGGAUUCCCAUUCUAAAUACUUCCAACAUAAUGGAAUACUUUUCGCAAGGAUCAAACCCGUUCUUUGAUAGAACUUGUAACAAUGAAAUCGUCAAAAUGCAGCGUCUCAAUACUGACCAACUGCAAAAUAUGACAGGGGUAGAGUAUGUUCUUUUACAUGUUCAAGAACCGAUUUUGUAUGUAAUUCGAAAGCAGCACAGACAAAGUCCUCAGCAGAUUAUUCCCUUAGCAGAUUACUAUAUUAUUGCUGGUAUUGUCUAUCAGGCUCCUGAUCUAGCAAGUGUUUUGAAUUCCAGACUGUUAUCUGCUGUACACUAUCUGCAAUCAUCCUUUGAGGAAUCUUCAGGUUUUGCCAAGUAUCAUCCCAGUAAAGGCUAUUCUUGGGAUUUUAAAUCUCAGCGAGCAGCUGAAAAAGUAAAAAAAGAUGAAAAGCCAAGGGAGGAACCUAGUUCGUUAUUUCAAAGACAAAGGGUUGAUAUGUUACUAGGAGAAUUGAUAAGAAAAUUUCCCUUACCUGCUCCCCCUCAGCCUAAAAUUGCACCAGUUCCACAAAUUAAACAAGAACCUGACAAUGGAGCUCCCGAGAAUAAGGAGAUCAAAAAGGAGGUAAAGCAGGGGAAAAUCAAACCACCUCCAGAGAAGAAACCAAGAUUACAUUGAAUUGUUUUAUGUAUAUCCUUCAGAACGAUCAAUUUUCAUCAUCCUGUGACAAGGCACACAAUUGGUAUAUUUUAUUGAUUGAUUUUUCUACUAUUUGUUACAGUUUUUGUAUAUUCUAGCUAUUGCUCACUCUCAUCUUCCCUUGUUUUAUCCCUCUAUCAUUUAU